UUCCUCGGAAACGAUCUUUUCCUGAGCGCUUGGGUUUUCUUUCCCUGAACGCUUGGGCGAAACCCUAAUCCGCCAUUGGUACUCCUGCAAGCUCUCGACGAACUCAAGAACUGAAGCCCUCUCAGCGUACGGAAUAUCCAGAAAGCUAAGUCCUUUAACCUCGCCCUCUAGGGUUUUGUUCUAAAGAUAGGUUCUUUCUAGAAUUCGCGCUGUUAACGCUGUGAAACGAAACCUAGGGCUCAUUUCGUAUUUACUCGCUGAAUCUCGGAGCGGGUAAAUGCUACAGAGAAGGAUAAACCAGGGUUUUGGUGAGUAGUUUUUGUGAUAAAACCGCGGGUUCAAUUGUUCCUCUCUUUUCUUUAUCUUCGAGACUUAGGGUUUUGGUGAAAGGCUGGAAAAGUUAGGGUUUUGGACUAAGAAAAGGACUCUCUGCAAGGAAUUAGAAAGGUUCGUAUAGUUUGAAGUUGAGUAGUGGUCAAAAUGAGUGAGCCAGGGAAUAUCAAUGAUUCCGAGCAAGAAAUGCAAGAGCUUUCGAAUGAAGAGAUUCAAGAGAAAGAGAAAAUGUGGGAAGAAGGCAAACAAGAAGAAUUCCCAUCUAUGGUAGGUAAUACUGUAGAAGAAGAAAAUACAGAAUUGCAUGCAGAGGGUAAUUCAGGUGGUAAUGGUUCUGGGCCUAUACAAAGUCAAGUUGUGCCUAAUCCCUCCGAAAAAAUCACUAAUGAUACUAGGUUACCUUCAGAAUCGCAAGAGGGCACUGAAGUCCACACUUCUAUAGAGCCACCAGCGAAUGAUUCCGGCCAAACUGAUGGUUCCGAUGAGAAGAACACUGAGGAAGAGCCAGAGUCAUCCAAGGAGCAGUUAGAAAAUGGAAACAAAUUGGUAGUUACAGAGACAAAAGAUAUUCAUUCAAAAGAGAAUCAGUUUGAUGGGACCCCUUCAAAAGAGGCGAGGGAUGAGACACAUCUUAAAGAGGAAGAGGCAGCUGGGGAUCACCCUGAACAAACAGAGACUCCAGCGCAGUCAUUUAACUGUGAUCCGUUUCUCGAGGGAGAUGAUGAUGGAUCAGAGGAGAUGCAGGCUGCUUUUAUGAUAGAGUUGGAGAAUUUCCAUAAAGAGAGGAGCUUGGAGUUCAAACCCCCAAAGUUCUAUGGUGAAGGACUAAAUUGCCUCAAAUUGUGGAGAGCAGUUACAAGAUUGGGCGGUUAUGAUCAGGUGACAUCAUGCAAGCUAUGGCGUCAAGUUGGAGAAUCUUUCAAGCCUCCGAAGACAUGCACUACGGUCUCCUGGUCAUUUCGAUGUUUCUAUGAAAAGGCGCUCCUUGAGUAUGAAAAGCAUAAAAUUCGUACUGGCGAGCUCCGUGUUCCAAUACCUGCUCUUCCAGAGGCAAUGUCAGUUGAGAAUCAGAUUGGUGUAAGCCAAGCGUCAGGGUCUGGCAGAGCCAGAAGGGAUGCUGCUGCACGAGCCAUGCAGGGCUGGCACUCACGGCUUCUUGGUAAUGGUGAAGUGGGUGACCCAAUCAUCAAGGACAAGACUUCAAUUUCACUUCUGAAGUGGGAUAAGCAUCACAAAAACAUUGGUGUGUUUCUCCACGGUGGGAUGAAGAGGAAAAAAGGAUCGACCCUGGAUCAUGCAGUUAAAGUUUCUCACAAAAAAGUCUUCAAGCCUCAGGUGGAAGCAACGGUUGUUGAUGUUGGACAACCUGCUGAUUGGGUGAAAAUAAAUGUGAAAAAAACUAAAGAUUGCUUUGAAGUGUAUGCUUUAGUUCCUGGUCUUCUUCGUGAAGAGGUGCAUGUUCAAUCAGAUCCAGCAGGUCGCUUAAUCAUAUCAGGUGAACCUGAGCAGCCUGAUAAUCCUUGGGGUGUUACUCCUUUUAAAAAGGUUGUUACCUUGCCCUCGCGGAUCGACCCACAUCAGACUUCAGCGGUAGUUACACUUCAUGGUCAGCUGUUUGUACGUGCACCCUUCGAGCAGUCUGAUCUAUAGCUCUUAGGAAUUUGGUUUUCCUUUUGUGUUCAGAGGCUUCUUUAUUUAUAUGUUGAUAGGAUCACAGAAGGCUUGGAACUCUGCUACGGUGAUUAGCUAAUUGGAUUUUUCAGGAUGGUCCUUUUGCUAUGGUUUGUGCACAAGUUAGAUGACUAUUUUCUCUUAGCCAAGAAGCUGCUCGUUGCUCUGUGAAUUUUCGGUCGUGAACAAGACAUUUUCCUAGUUAGGCUGAUGAAAGAAAUCUCUUUUCUGAACAACUGGCCCAUAAAAAAACAGCUUGAUGUGCAGUGGCCUAGUGUACAGUAGCUGUGGAUUUCAGACGAAGAUUUUUUUUUUUUGGGGUUUUGUUUCCUUUCUUUACUAUGACAAUAUGAUUAGAUAACUUGCUAUCGGAUAAUAAUUAUCUUAUUUAGGGUGAAUUCUCAUAGCUAUCAUCAUGUAUGUGAAGUUUGUACAUUAUUGCGAUACACGUUGGUUCUGCAUUUAAGUUUGAUCGCUCACUAUUGGAAUGGGGUAAUUACUCA